AUGGCAGGUAACUGUGUUGGGGAGAGCGACGGCCUGACAUUCUGGGUGGCUGAACAAAAGGACUACGAUGACGUCAUGUCCAUUUCUGUUCAAAUCUACGGAGGGAAUGACUACCUGCCUCAUCGAUACGCCGGUUGGAUGACUGAGCCUGACAGAGUGGUUAUACUGGGACGCAGAAACGGCAAACUGGUCUCUCUCUCUCUCUCUCUCUCUCUCUCUCUCUCUCUCUCUCUCUCUCUCUCUCUCUCUCUCUCUCUCUCUCUCUCUCUCUCUCUCUCUCUGCCUCCUCAAUCCAUCUGUCAUCUGUUCCCUCUCCCCCAGGUGGCACUGGAGUCUGGUCUAAUCGUUGACGAGGGGCGCACGGUGGUGGUGGAGGGAUUGAGGGUGUGCCCCAGCGAGAGGGGUCGCGGCGUGGCUAGGGUCAUCCAGGGGUUCGCUGACCUUUUUUAUGAUUUUAUGAAAAAAGAACAGCAACAAACAGAACAGACACAACAAACAUAGUAAACACCACAUAAUGUCAAAUACACAGCUCAAGUCCAUCGUAAAUAAAAUACAAAUGUAUGGAAUGUAUACAUAUACAGGUUUGCUGACCAGUACAUCCAGCAGCUGUACCCCUCCGUCAGGACCAAGAGACAAACCAAGGCUGAUGACCCUUCAGCUGGGCCCACACAGACACUAGCCAAGUUCACAGAGCUAGGGAGACGGGUGAGUUAGAAUUCAUACUAUACUAUACUAAUAUAUACUAUACUAUACUACUGUAUACUUUACAAUACUAUACUGUACUACUGUAUAAUUUAAUUUACUUUACUAUACUAUUCUACUGUAUACUUUACUAUACUAUACUGCUGUAUAAUUUACUUUACUAUACUAUACUACCUACUGUAUACCUUACUACUGUAUACUUUACUAUACUAUACAAACCCUCAACUUUUUUUGAUCUGAGAAAACAGUUUGAAGGUUUUUGUUUACCGUAACCCUCAACCACAACACUAACCCAACACAGGGACCCAACCCAAUACACCUCAAGACCCCUCUGAGGUGGUGAAAGGGUAAAGGUGGAGAAAGUUGUGAUGAUCGGACAAAACAAAGGGAAUACCAAUCCUGACAGUUUCCCUUUUGAACCCUCCACAAUACUAACCUCUCCACACACCUCCUACCCACCCCACUCAGUCUGUCUAAAAAAACAGGGUUUUCCCAGAGCCCACUGUGAGACUCUCCCCCUUACCUUCACCCAGACACUCCACCUCAAAAUCCCCAGCCUUCCCCCCACUCUUGUACCGGCCCACCAGACACAACAUGACACACAGAAAAAUGUAUGAUUGGCAAAUAAAAUCUCACAAACCGAUUGCCAUCAUUGGAGCCUCAAACUUGAGCAGAAUACCUUACCAUCCAUACAAACACAUCCACAUUAAAGCUAUUCCAGAGCACAGUUCCACCACAUUACUGGGGUCUUGUCAAAAUCUACCCCAAACCACAACAUCAAGGUGGUUGUGCUGUCUCUCGGUCUGAACAACGAAGACCAAACACAUAAACAAACACCCAUAGGCCAACUGCAAUCACUCCACAGUAAAGCAACAGCCAUGUACCCCAAUUCAACUAUCUACUUCCCCAUCAUUAACUACUCACCCCACCUGUCAGAGAAACAACAAGCCAUGUUGAAACACAUGAACUCACACAUCGCCACACACUACAACUCCCUACUAGAAAUCCACCACUCAGAUUUCCACACUGAAAAAGCUACAAUAAGGACGCAUACCACUUCAUAGACUCCACACCAUUUCAGUCCCAGCACAUGCAUAUUUAUUAACCAUAGAAACACUCUCUCUACACCAACAUAGACAUCUGAUCAGGCUUGGCAUGCGGGGAAUCUGCACUCCGGAGAUAUCCAGAUAGACCAGAUUGACACAUUUUACAUUACAUUUUAGUCAUUUAGCAGACGCUCUUAUCCAGAGCGACUUACAGUUAGUGAGUGCAUACAUUUUCAUACAUUCUCUUCUAUAUUAUAUUAAAAUAUAUAUUUUUUAUAAAAAGGUUUGUUGGCUCAUAAAGAAUCACCAAUUAUGUAAAGUUGUAUAAAAAAAACAUAUCUCCUUCUUCCUCAUAUACACUAACCUGAUCCAUAGGAGUCCUGGAGUGCAGUCAAACUUGCAUUGUACAAUCAGACCCUCAAAACCAUGUUGAAAUGUUACUUCCAUGGUCUGAAACUUAAAACCUUCACCUGUUUUAAUUAUUGUCAUUCAUGAGGUUUGGAAGGGAAGCUCGUUUCAAAUAUCAGUCGAACUUGAACACUUUUAAGCAAAAUAAACAUUAAUGAAAUCUCUGAUUAGAAAAAAUUGUGACCAACUAGAUCAAGACGGAAAUGUACAUGUUGGAGUACCUGCCCUGUCAAGGGGGGUAAUUGUCACGCCCUGGCUCUGGGGACUCUUUAAUGUUGAGCCAGGGUGUUCGUUUCUAUGUUUAGUUUUCUAUGUUUAUGUUCUAGAUCGUGUGGAUCUAUGUUGGCCAGGGUGGUUCCCAAUCAGAGGCAGCUGAUUCUCGUUGUCUCUGAUUGGGAACCAUACUUAGGCAGCCUGUUUGGCACAGUUAAUUGUGGGAUCUUGAUCUGUAUAGGUUUGUGUUGGUGAACCUUUAGACUUCACGUAUCGUUUUGUUGUUUGUGUAAAGUACUCAAUAAAAGAUGUACGCCUAUCACUGCGCCUUGGUCCGGUUCCUAUAACGAUCGUGACAGUAAUAAUCACUUCGAGGAAAAAUUAUAUUUCAAGGUGUUGUAAUAAAGAAAUAAACAGAACACCCGAAUCCUUUUUCUCCCCUUAACAAACAAUCAAAUGGAUGAUUGUCUCUCUGGCAAUACCUGAUGCUUUUGUGACAGCUAACAUUCCAAAGCCAAACCCGAUGGAGCACAGCUACUCUUGAGGGUAAAAUAAAUUAAAAAUAAAUAUAAUAAUUAUUAAAUAGGUGUAGGUGUGUAUUUACUGCUCCGAUGCCUGUGGAGCGCUUUGUGGCUCGGCUGUCUCCUGGCAGACCAUGACUUGACCUGAGGCACUGCUGGGCUUGAGCCGCUGACCAGUCUUGCCACAGAACGUGCCCUGGAACUCCUGUUUGAUGGAGUCUCCGUACACCUCUCUGACGUACUUGAGGAAGGCGGUGGUCCAUUGCAGGGUGGUGGCUUUGUCCGUCUCGUGGUUACAGAAUGGCGCCAGCACAUUCAGCUCAUCACAGCAGAAGUGGAUCCUCCUCCUGCGGUCCCGCUCCUUGCUAUUGUGCCUCUCUCUGCGCUGGCUACUUUCCACUGGUGGCCCUCCUCUCUUCCUGGUGCCUGCUCCUCCAGCUGCUCUUCCCUCCACUGAGUUUGGGACAAUGCCGGGGACCUUGACAGCACAGGGUCCACGGAUCCUACCGCGUUUAGCGGUCUUCGCCACAGCAUCAUCUUCCACCUUCACCCAAACGUUCUCCUCUGUUGGGUUGGGGCUGUUGACGCAUGGAACUUCGUCAGGCAUCUUGUCUGGCCGAUAGCUGAAUGUGAAGUUCUUUGGAAUUUUUACAUUUACAUUUUAGUCAUUUAGCAGACGCUCUUAUCCAGAGCGACUUACAGUUAGUGAAUAGAUAUUUUUUUUAUACUGGCCCCCCGUGGGAAUCGAACCCACAACCCUGGCGUUGCAAACGCCAUGCUCUAUCAACUGAGCUACAUCCCUGCCGGCCAUUCCCUCCCCUACCCUGGACGACGCUGGGCCAAUUGUGCGCCGCCCAUGAGUCUCCCGGUCGCGGCCGGCGGCGACAGAGCCUGAAUGAUCAACCCUUGAUGCUUAUUGGGUUCAAGCAUAUGAGGGACCAUCCCAAACCCUUGACACCUCCUAUAGUUCUUAGAACUUGGUUUAAAAAACAAUGAUUUAACAUUCAAUAGCCAACACUACAUACAUAUUCAUGAGACAGUGAUGGGUAAGAAGUUCGCUCCGGCCUAUGCUAACAUUUAUAUGGCAGACUGGGAGACGACAGCCUUGGCUAAAUUCCCAUUGCGUCCCAUGUUUUGGAUCGGUUUAGUCUAUGACAUGAUACUCUAAUUUUUCCUAUACCCAUCAUGAGGUUGCUACAACCUAGCCUAUGAAUGAGUUUUCAACGUAGGUGCACAGGUCGAGAGAAACAUUUUAGUAAUCAAGAUGACAGACAAUGACACAUUCAAUACCGCCUUGCACACUCUUGCCUGCAUCUAGUUGAUAUAGGGUGUAAUCAUUAGUCCAACAGUUGCAAACGAGAGUUUCUAUUGGACUAAUUCAGGUAUGUUUAUCCCCGUUUUGUUCCAUUUGCUUCCAUUUAAGAAAACUUUUUUCAACAGAAUCGGCGUAAUGAAUACACCCCUGAUCACACGCAAACACAGUUCACCUUCAUAGCACAUACAUACCUUCAUAGCCACAUACAAACAGCAUGAUCACGUUGCGCAUUGUAUAAUUCCUUCUUGCAUCUACAUGCUUUCCUCCUCUCAAGUUUUCCCUUCGCUUGUGGACUUCAGUGCACAACACAUCAGCUGACUGUGACCAGGCAUAAAAACCUUUUCAAGCCAAACCUUCAUAUCAUAACCGCUUACUGCUACACACAGCCUACAUCAUUGUCACCAUAUUAGCUAACUUCAUCAACAUAGCUACUAGAACUAACGCAUUAGUAAACCCUCUAGCUACAAUCAUGCAGUACAGUGUAUAGUCAGCAAGCAGUUCAGCAGUUCCACUGGCAGGCCCCGGUGGCAAUAAAUUAAUAAAACCAAAACGCUUACCUUGACUUGGAAGAGUUCCAGUUUUGGAUAGCCAUAGCCAGCUAGCUAACUUAGCAUCCCUGUCCGUUUGAGCUGGGUGUUUGAGUAGGCUAAACUAGCUAGCUGCAUUCGCUAGCUAAGUAAGUGAAAGUGAAAGUUUUAAAAAAUACCGCAAAAUAUAGGUAGCUCUCUCUCUCUUGCUUCUCAUCAUUUCUUAAGAAACGAAUUUGUUCAAAGCUGUUCAACUAUUGUCUUUCUCUCUCAUUGAGUCAACUAAUGCUAGCUAGAUGUAGCUUACGCUUUCAGUACUAUGUUCAUUCUCUGAUCCUUUGAUUGGGUGAACAACAUGUUAGUUCAUGCUGCAAGAGCUCUGAUAGGUUGGAGGACGUCCUCCGGAAGUUGUCAUAAUUACUGUGUAAGUCUAUGGAAGGGAGUGAGAACCAUGAGCCUCCAAGGUUUUGUAUUGAAGUCAAUUGCAAAACAGUGUGUUUUAAUCCAUUAUUUGGUGACGUGAAUAAAUGUAGUAUAGUUUUAUCUAAAAAGGAUAACUUUUUUAAUGUUUCACUAUUUAAAAAAAAUGAAAUUCACUGAGGAGGAUGGUCCUCCCCUUACUCCUCUGAGGAGCCUCCACUGUGCCCCAUUGAUUCGGAGAACCCCGCAAAUGAAUGUUCUUAUGAGAUAAACCUGAGACUUACUCAUAAGUGUUCACAGCAUGUUUUUCUUGUACAGAAGACAGUUUUACAAUCUCUAACAUGGAAUGCGUAGCCUGUAGGUACCCAACAUUCCUUUUACACCUAUUAUACUAUUAUAUGACAGAAGAUAAAUAUCACUUUAUGUUUCAAGUUAUAACAACAUGUCAUGAGUCCUUCAGUUUAAUACAGUGUUUAUAAAACGUGUUUACAUGUAAUUUGCGUUAUUUUCUCUUUGUGACAAAGAGUACGAAGAAAAAGUCCCUGACUUCUCUCCCUUGCAAUCUCUUAGCGCUCAAAAGCAUGAUUGGUCGUUUAUCCAGUAACACAUGCAGAUCAUAAGAUGGUCUGCUGACUUGCCAAAGGCAACUAUCUUCUAUCUCCUGACCUCCCCAGGGCCGUUCAGAGUCGUAAAGGGAGAAAGGGAGAGCCGUUUAUUGGUCUUGUGAUAGGUUGAAAGGGGGCGCUGUCAAUAGCAGAACUGUUAUUAACAGAACUCGUCAGCUCUCGUUACAACACUAUGUACACAGCAGAAAUACUUUAAUUCAGCCACACAGACCCUCUUUGGUGCAAUGAGGAAGAUGGAAUACUCAAAGCGGUCAUUGGGGUAUAUAAAGGCGAACAGUGGCAGGCCUGACCCAGAACAGAUUGCCUGAUUCCCCUAACCCAGUGGUCACCAACCAUUUCUGCGUCAAGAUCACUUUGGCAGUCAAAAAGCAAGCCAAGAUCUACCGCUCCAAAAAGAAAAAGAAACAUGACUUAAAAAAUGUAACAUUAACCUAAUAAAAACAGUGUAGGAAUGAGGUUUGUGCAGUAGGCCUAAUACAUUAUCACAGCAUAUUGGCUAUAUGCCUGGUCUGCCAAUAUUGUUCUUCUCAGACCAUAUUAUAUUUCAAAACUCGAGCUUUGAUAACAAAAUAGAUCAGUUGGUGUAACACUUGCUGGGCAUAAAUAUAAAUAAUUUGCUAAUAAUUAGCUUUUUAAUUUUACUGGACUGAUGAUACCAGCAUCUGAUGGUCAUGGUGCUUUCAACAUGAUCUUCCUGUUGUUUUACUGGACUGAUGAUACCAGCAUCUGAUGGUCAUGGUGCUUUCAACAUGAUCUUCCUGUCUGGGUUGGCGCCCCCCCUUGGUUUGUGCUGUGUUGGAGACCUCUGUGGGCUAUACUCGGCCUUGUCUCAGGAUUGUAAGUUGGUGGUUGAGGAUAUCCCUCUAGUGGUGCGGGGGCUGUGCUUUGGCAGAGUGGGUGGGGUUAUAUCCUUCCUGUUUGGCCCUGUCCGGGGGUUUCUUCGGAUGGGGCCACAGUGUCUCCGGACCGCUCCUGUCUCAGCCUCCAGUAUUUAUGCUGCAGUAGUUUAUGUGUCGGGGGGCUGGGGUUAGUUGGUUAUACCUGGAGUACUUCUCCUGUCUUAUCCAGUGUCCUGUGUGAAUUUAAGUAUGCUCUCUCUAAUUCUCUCGUUCUCUCUUUCUCUCUGAGAACCUGAGCCCUAGGACCAUACGUCAGGACUACCGGGCAUGAUGACACCUUGCUGUCCCCAGUCCGCCUGGCCUUGCUGCUAUUCCAGUUUCAACUGUUCUGCCUGCGGUUACGAAACCCCUACCUGUCCCAGACCUGCUGUUUUCAACUCUUAAUGAUCGGCUAUGAAAAGCCAACUGAGAGACCUGAGCCCUAGGACCAUACGUCGGGACUACCGGCCGUGGUGACUCCUUGCUGUCCCCAGUCCGCCUGGCCUUGCUGCUAUUCCAGUUUCAACUGAUCUGCCUGCGGUUAUGGAACCCCUACCUGUCCCAGACCUGCUGUUUUCAACUCUUAAUGAUCGGCUAUGAAAAGCCAACUGAGAUUUAUUCCUGAUUAUUAUUUGACCAUGCUUGUCACUUAUGAACAUUUUUGAACAUCUUGGCAUGGUUCUGUUAUAAUCUUCACCCGGCACAGCCAGAAGAGGACUGGCCACCCCUCAUAGCCUGGUUCCUCUCUAGGUUUUCUUCCUAGGUUUUCGCCUUUCUGAACUCUAAAAAAACUAGGUCAAAUCAUGAUGUCAAUGAACUUCAGGUCAGGAAGUCACAGCUCUAGAAAGAUGCCAGAUUUUCAGAGUUGUAUAACCGUUCAAAACAAUUUUUCCCAGUCUAAUCUAUUUUUUUUCUUAGAGUUCCCAGUGUAUUGAAUGCACUGAAGUCGGAAGUUGGAGAUUUCCGUGUUUCGAGUUCCCAGUUGUUUUGAACAUGGCAUUAGUAUCAGCGGAGGGAGGGAGAGAGCAGCAGAGGGGUCCGCCUCUCACAGUCUCUGCUCUCUCCUUCCUUUCCUGCGGUGAGACUCACCAGAGAGAGAGGACACAGUCUUCCACCUGAUGGCGAAACUCGAGUCGCCCCGCAUCUGCCUCAGGCACAAAUUGAUGUUGUUCCUAUGACCAGAGAAAGUGAAAUACUCCUCGAUAAUAAAAUGGACACGACGAGCUGCUAAUAAUAAUAAAAACGCGGGGCUAUCGAUACACUUGGCUACUCAUUCAUUGCAGGUGCAACGCAAGUGGACGUAGAAAGAAGCGCGUUUUAUGUUUUGUAGUAGUGUUGAAUAAAAACAGUGCAGACAGUGCUGAAUAAAACUUAGAUAUGAACUCACUCAUAAAAACAGCAGCUCUUUGCUGUAUUCUUUGACAGUCACUCUCUGGUCAUGGUUUUAAAAGUUAUAAAAUCUUACAUAGGCUAGUAUCAAACUUUGCUGUGGCCGGGGUUGUGGAAACUGUAGGUAGGCACGGUGAUUUGAGCUUUCCGAUUGGCCUGCACAGUAGGUGCGCUCGAUUUAGCCAUAGAUAUUUUCAGACAAAUGUAAUGGUUAAAAAUGGGAACACUUUGCCACCUGGUGUGCAGGGCUUCUGAAUCAAGUGCACCUACCGCCAACAGCGCAACACAAAAAAAAGAAGCGCAAGCCUUUAUCGUUGGCAUUUCUACGUAAAUGUUUGGUGAUCGACUAGGAAUGCCUUGAAGAUCGACCAGUCGAUCAUGAUCAACCGGUUGGCAACCAAUGCCCUAACCCUAACACUAACCCACCUGCUCCCUACAGAACCCCGGGCCUGAAUCAGACAUCUAACCCUACCCGUAACCCUAACCUCCAUAACUCUCCCGGCAGAACCCUGGACCUGGCACUGAAUUCUGACCUGGGCGAACAGCCCACACUCAAUCUUAACCCUUUCUCUAAUCCUGGUCUGUAGCCCUGUAGGGGUCGGUAGGGGCCCAAUUAGGAGAGCCAGAGAAGCCACCAACACCAGGAGGAAUUUCAAGGAAAAAUGUGUUUAUUUACCAUGUUUUGUUUUGUCUCUAGUUUUGUCUUUUAUAUUUAUUUAAUUUCUUAUGUUAGGCACUUUAACAUAGCACUUAUUUUUGAAGCACUUCAAUGUAGACUCAGCGAGAUGACGUUUCCACGAGCAGCACCAAAAAUAUUGAGAUGAGUGAGAUGCAAGACUUCAUUCUCACACAGUCACACACGGUAUCUGUGCAUGUGCAUGGGUUCGCUUCACGCUGUUACAGAGUGGGCACAAAAACAGCUGAGAAGUUUAGCCUUGCGUUUCAACGCUCUUAGUUGUUGCGGAAAUUGACCCACUAUGCUGUUUACUUUCUGCAGCUACGUGAUAUCGCUGAGUCUACCUUUAAUCCCUUAAACCCUCAGCACUUAAUAAAAUUUAGCACUUAAUCAACGCUUAGCACUUAAUCAACCCUCAGCACUUAAUCAACUCUUAGGACUUAAUCAACCAUUAGCACUUAAUCAACCAUUAGCACUUAAUCAAACCUCAGCACUUAAUCAACCCUUAGCAUUUAAUCAACCCUUAGCACUUAAUCAACCAUUAGCUCUUAAUCAACCCUUAGCACUUAAUCAACCCUUAGCACUUAAUCAACCAUUAGCUCUUAAUCAAGCCUUAGCACUUAAUCAAACCUCAGCACUUAAUCAACCCUUAGCACUUAAUCAAACCUUAGCACUUAAUCAACCAUUAGCUCUUAAUCAACUCUUAGCACUUAAUCAUUCCUCAGCACUUAAUCAAUCCUCAGCACUUAGUCUUCCUCUCAUUUAACCGUUGCAUGUGACCCGUCUGAGCUAUCAGCCUCCAUUGAUCCCUCAGGUAAACAACUGCCUCAUGUUCCCCCACCCUCUCCAGACUGACUUUCCAUAUACAUAUGCAGACAGAGGAGGGUUGCAAUAGGCCUGUGCAACCCAAGGUUCGAUACCAGCACAAAAAGAAACCCUCUUAAACCUAACCCUAUAGCUUCAUGUCCACAUCCCUAUUCAAACCUUACCCUAACAUCAACCACAACCCUAACCCUAACCCUAGCUUCAUGUCCACAUCCCUAUUCAAACCUUACCCUAACAUCAACCACAACCCUAACCCUAACCCUAGCUUCAUGUCCACAUCCCUAUUCAAACCUUACCCUAACAUCAACCACAACCCUAACCCUAACCCUAGCUUCAUGUCCACAUCCUGGUUGAACCCUAACCCCAGCCUCAACCCUAACCCUAGCUUCGUGUCCACAUCCAGGUUCAACCUAACACUAGCCUCAACCACAGUUCUAACCAUAACCCCAACCCUAUCUUCAUGUCCACAUCCCGGUUGAACCCUAACCCUUAACCACAGUUCUAACCCUAACCCCAACCCUAGCUUCAUGUCUACAUCCCGGUUUAACCCUAGCCUUAACCACAGUUCUAACCCUAACCCCAACCCUAGCUUCAUGUCCACAUCCUGGUUCAACCCUAACCCUAACCUUAACCACAAUCCUAACCCUUACCCUAACCCUAGCUUCAUGUCCACUUUCUGGCUCAACCCUAACCCCAUUGAUAUUAAUUAAUCGAUUAAAUGCACCUUUGAGAUAUCAUAACAAGUAAAUAAUCUUCUACCAACCUUCUGCUGAGUUCACCCAGUCAAAAAUGGUCUACAUUGCUGUUGCCUUACAUAAUCUCAAAGUGGUUUCACAGUACUUCUCUGAAUUGUAUUUGAAUACCUGCUGCUCCCCCUUCUGUGCAGAUCUCUAAAUUCGGACUCAGCUUAUCAGUGACAAUAUUAUUAUAUUGAUAAAAGUGGUUGAAAUAGGCAGUACUUCUGUGAAUUCUAUUUCUGUGUCAAAGCCUUUUGAAAGGCAAAUAUCCAGACAGUCUGUCUGUGUUUCCUCUUUCUUCCUAGAAACCAGCCCAAAUGUCAGUACCUCAUACCCAGUGGCGGCUCCUGAAAAAAUUCUCAGGAGGGGCAAUUUUUCUGAUGAUUUAGGUGACCUACACACAUUUAAAAAAAGAUAUGUCCAGCAACAACAUGAAGACAGGGGCAGCAUAUAAGUCAAUACCAGAAGCAUUUAUUGACUGAUCUCAAAAGUGUUGGCUUACCAGGGUUGGUGGAGCCCUCAGUUUCAUCUUUGCCUCGCAAAGCUAACUCAAACACUCCGCAAAACUUCACACACUGGAUUAGCCGGCUGAGGAUGUGGCGGUUCUUGCUAAUGUCGUAGUAAAUAUAUUUGUUAUAGUGAAUAUGGAAUAUGAUAUGUUGAGUAAAAUGUUGUGCUAAGAUCUAUUUAGGUCAGGAGCUGGUUAUAAGUUCUGUUCCUAUCCAAUAACAAUGGACAAAAGGGUCCUAUCUUGUCAGCCUUGUCAGCAGGUGGCCAAGGACAACACCCACGCCAUAGGCCUCUCAGUUCUUCCAACUCACGAGUUCUUGCUCUGAGGACACACACACACACAAACACACACACACACACAUCAUCACUGUUAAACACACACACACACAUCAUCACUGUUAAACACACACACACACACACACACACACAAAUCCCCUCUCUUAGGCUGAACAUUUGAAGACAGAGAACCCGACUCAGAGCCAAUGCAACAGUGACAGUAGCCUGCAGGGGACCUCGCCCAACUCAUCAGGACCAAUCAGAAGAUCAGAACUACUAGAUUGAACCUACUUCAUUUAUUGCAUAAAAUGUCUGCACACAAUGUUUCGGGGCUCUCUUCAGAUAAUAAUAAUAAUAAUAAUAAUAAUAAUAAUAAUAAUAAUAAUAAUAAUAUGCCAUUUAGCAGACGCUUUUAUCCAAAGCGACUUACAGUCAUGCGUGCAUACAUUUUUGUGUAUGGGUGGUCCCGGGGAUCGAACCCACUACCUUGGCGUUACAAGCACCAUGCUCUACCAGCUGAGCUACAGAAAGUGGAUACUCAUGGAUGCGCAUUGCAAUUGUAAAAUGUCAACACAAUUGGAGACACCACGUCAUUUUUGGAGACAUGUUAUUGACAGUAAACUAUUGUAGAUGCGACUGCUAACUAACUAAAACAUUUUAGCUGGCUAGCUAAUCAUCUUAGCUAAAUGUGGGGCAAACAAUUCAGUUAUUUACCGUUAAUUUGAGGGAUUGGGGUGAAAGAAAUCGAGUUACAUAGUGAUACUUUACGAUAUACUGUAUUGACAAUAUCGCAAUAUUUUAGCGCUAGUUGGCUGUACCUGCACCAAAACACCAUUAUUGUUCCUUCAUAGCUUGUUCUCAAUCUUUUCACAUUGGGAGCCAAUUUGUUUUCAGCACUUUUAUUUCCAUGACUGAUCAAAACUCGUUCUCAUGGCUUUCUGAUCCCUCUGCAACAGACAUAUGGUGCGCAAUAAAAUCACAGUAUCGAAUCGCAAUACGUAUAGAAUCAUGAGACUCGCAAUGCUGAUGCAUAUAUCUUAUCGUGAGGUUCCUGGCAAUUCCCAGCCCAAGUUCAUUUUUAAGAGUUUGACGAACGGGUCCGUGAACGCGAUUCCAGAUAUAUUUACCUCUGAAUAAACUGCCUUUAUUACACCAUAUCCACAUCCAGUAAACUUGUGAUUAUCAACACUAACCUCAUCGUUGUGGCGGCGGACAGCUAGCCUGUAUCCCUCGUCAUCCAGUUGAGUGAGUAGCAAUGUCUUUUUUCGUUCGUACCAAUUUUUGGAAAAUCCUCGGGUGUAGGACUUUCCGCCUUUAGUAGAAACCUGUUGAAUUAUUAAAUUUGGUCUGGGAGGUCCUAAUUGUUUCGUUGCCAAUUUAUCUUCAUUUGUUCGCCGACAAAAAGGAAAUUCUUUCAAAGACACAACCGAGUUGCACUGAAGCCUAGCCAUGUUGAUAGUAGUAGUGAAUUGAUUGACGCUGCUACCCUCUCUUUUCUUAGUUACGUUCAUGUGACGAAAGCGCGUAAGUGCAAGCCCACAGACACCCAUUGAGAUUGUAUUGAAGGCUCUGAAAUUUGAAAAAAAUAGAUUUUACAUGGGAGUCUAUGACAGAAGUUCUGGGCGAUUUUCAAUCUGACUGAAAUCGCCCCAAAAGGGGGUGGAGCCAUUUGAAGCACGACUUUAGCCUGAUUCGACAUUUAGUGGCAGUGUGGCACUGUGGCAGAUCAGACGUAUAGAUUACAACACUGAUAACUACUGUUGCCGUGAUAUAAUUGAUUAGAAAAAAAAUCCCUUCCUUUUCCCGUUUGGCAGUGCGUCGCCCAUAUCGCCCUAUUGAACAGGCCGUCCCUGCUCAUACCUGGAAACACAGAGUGGUGGAAAGUCUGUCUCAGCGUGUGGCUGUGUGGUGCUCUAUACUACUGCCUUUCAAAGAACACCUGACUAAAGGAAGAAACAGCAUGUGCUUCUGUCCUAAAUGGCACCCUAUCCUCUAUAUAGUGCACUACUUUUGACCAGGGCCAAUAGGGCUCUAGUGCACUACAGAGAGAAUAGGGUGCCAUUUUGGGAUGCAAGCCUGUGUCAUGGGUACUGGUGUGGUGAAUACAAUACGAAACAGUGCUGUGUACUAAUGGAAACACUUAGACUGGUUUAUCGCAGCAGUAGUCCCAUUGAGGACUGCGGACCAUAUGGAGACAGGUUAUUUCUAAUUUAAUUGAUACAUUAGAGUAAUUGACAAACUGAGUCAAAGGGUGCAUCCCAAAUGGAACCUAUUCCAUAUAAUGCACUACUUUUGACCUCAGCCAUUAUCUGAAGUAGAGGAGAGAUCGAAGAGAGAGAGUCGAGCCGUAGCGAGCGAGAGAAGCAGAGAGUCGUCGAUCAUCUCGCUACGAUCGAGCUCUCGCGAGAAUCUAUCUCUCUCUCUCUCUCUGCUCUCUCUCUCUCUCCUCUCUUCUCUCUCUCUCUCUCUCUCUCUCCUCUUUAGGCUACUCUCUCAUUCGUCGGGGAGGCCGACAGUUUCGACGGUUUCAUCUCACACCUGAAGAACAAACUACAUUCCACCACAGGAAGUGACCCAGGUGUGUCUGUCCCCCAAAUGGUUCCGCUAGAGGAUGAGCAACACCUGAAGAACAUCCUCCUUGAUCCUGAACUCCCCUCCAGGGUCCAACUUCCUGGUGGUGCCAUUAUCCAAGACUGGCAGCCCUUACAACCAAUCAAAGGCAACCUUGAGAUCUUAGCAAGGCGAAACCUCACCUGGUUGGCCGACAAGCUAGAAAGACCCGCCUUUCUCAGCUUUUACACUCCGCCUUAUCCAAUCCCGUACAAGGGAGGAUCGCUGAGAUUCAAUAUUGAUAUGUUUGGAACGGAUCUAGUUUCAGCAAAGAGGGCGCUUGUCGGCCAUUUUGAGAAAGUGAGGGAGAGGAGGGAGUUGAAGGGGAGGGUGAUGGUUCAUGUGUAUCUGAAUAAGUUGCUAUGGGAGGGGGUGAGGGAUUUCUGUGAGGGAGACGCAGGCGUGCGGAGGUGUAGAGAGUACUGGGAACAACUGUUUCUGGAGAGAGAGAUGUGA